GGGAGCGUAGCACAAGUAUCGGAGAAGGUUUGAGUCAUAACUACUCUGCUGCACGACUUUCAUCGACAUUCCUCAGUCUGUCCUGCCCGCAGAGCAGAGCCAAAAGGUUUCACGGUGCGUAAUUACGCACGGAGACGACAGAUCCGCGGUGUUGCUCGCCGUGGACACCCGCGGACAAAGGAAGGCAAGCAGGGGCUGGAGUACAACAACUGACUUGAGGGGAGAGGAGUACUGUUGGAGGGGGAACAGGAGAAUCUGGAAUCGGAAGUGAUUUGUCUUUUUUUUUUCCCCUAGAAAUGUGACUUACGUCCAGGAUUGGAGGGAAAAAAAUAAUUAGUUUGGAGCCCGAGGAGAAAAGGACAAAAAGAGUUACUGAGUGGAAUCUUUCCUCAGAACAGCAUCCAGAUCCUCGGAGCAUGGGAGGAGUUGUCUGCGAGCUGUAAAAUGUACCCGCUACAUCGAGAGAGGGAGCAGCCCAUCUUCAGCGCCAGAGCUCAUGUCUUCCAGAUUGACCCGGCCACCAAACGCAAUUGGCUGCCGGCCAGCAAACACGCCGUCACCGUGUCCUUCUUCUACGAUGCGAGCCGCAGCGUCUACCGCAUCAUCAGUGUGGGUGGGACUAAGGCCAUCAUCAACAGCACCAUCACCCCCAACAUGACCUUCACCAAGACCUCCCAGAAGUUCGGGCAGUGGGCAGACAGCCGGGCCAACACCGUCUACGGCCUGGGCUUCUCCACAGAGCAGCAGCUGCAGCAGUUUGCAGAGCAGUUUAAAGAGGUGAAGGAGGCGGCCCGCUUGGCCAGAGAGAAAUCCCAGGAGAGGUUUGAACUGGCCAAUCCUGCGCUCAACAUUGCAGCUCCACAGCUCUCCCAGGAGUUGUCGGAGGAUCGUCAUUCUCCGCCGCUGCUGACAGUUAAUGGGCCGGGUGAAGAAAAGCUGUUCCGCAGUAAGAGCGCCGAAGUGGAGCUGACAGCAGAGAAGGAAAGAGUCAAGAAGAUGUUGUCUGAAGGGUCCAUGUGUGAAAUAAACCUGGAGGCUGAGCUCUUCACCCUGCAGGACAGUAAUGCCAAGCUGGUGGCAGCGCUGCAGGAAGCCAACAGCAGCGUGGAGCAGUGGAAGAAACAGCUAGCUGAAUACCAGGAGGAGACCGAUCGCCUCAGAGACCAGGUGGCAGAUCUGGAGGCCCAGCUGGGGCAUCCUGCUGGUGGUCAGACUGGUAGAGAGGAGCUGAACCGGUCACUGGAGGAGCUAGAAGCUUUGCUGAGCGCUAAAGACCAGGAAAUUCACAAUCUACAAAGCAAGAAAACAGAUGUGGGCGAGCUAGAGAAGGAGAGAGAGGAUGCCAUGCAGAGACUCCAGGAUUUGGAGAGACGAAACACGGAGCUGGAGGAUCGGGUUCAGAGCGCUGAAAAAACACUGGCCUCCAGCCGGGAUGAGCGGGAGCAGGCUGAAGUCGAGGUUCGGCGUGUCAUCGAGGUUCUGGACGUCAAAAUCUGCGACCUGAAGGACCUGAGACAGAGCCUAGCCAAACUCAUCGAUAAAUAGCCACAGCAGACAGCUGGGCUGCAUCUCCACAGUCAGAGCUGGUCUCCUUCAUGUGGCCUUGAUUUGUGUUUCACUGAUGUAACAUCAGAAGAGAAAUCAAAGCAAUAUGGAGGAAAACAUACUGGUGUUUACCUUCAUGUAUCUUUUAAGCUCAGUGCAGGAAAACACACAAUAUCAGAAACCUCUUACAGGUACCAUGUGCAGAAUAAACCAUCUGUACUGUGCAUCAGUGUCUCAUUAACCUUGGAGUUAUUAUCAUAUGACAGUAUAGUCUAAUUGGCUACUGCUGCUUGUUUUUCCAUGUCACAGUUCCCAUCAGCUGCAUGUCCUUCAAUCCUGAAGAGCAUAAAAUGAUAUUUACAUUAUAUUUCUUACUUUAUUCAUCAUUUGCCAUCACUGAUGACUCUGACAGCUUUAGGUCCAUUUUUUCUGGAAGAACAGCGCCCUCCUCCUCCUUUUUGGAACCAUGGCAACCAAGUGUAUUUUGUCUAAAUCUGACCUGGUGGUUUGCAAUGUAAAACUGCAGAGCAGAAUCUGCAAGAGGCUGAAAGUCAUUUCAGUGAUGGUCUCGUUUGAUUAUGGUAAUGAUACUGAUGCCUCAAAAUUAAUGAGGUAAUGAUUUAUUCAUAGCAAUGCACACUACUACACAAAGCACAUUUCUAACCGGAAUCAAAUGAUUUUCUACUUGUUUGUUAGAUCAUUUUUUGUGAGGUCUAUUUUUAUUUAAUGCAGAGUGGGAAAUUUACUUAUAUGAGUAUAUUCUUUCACUAAGAAGGCGUACAACUUGGAAACAAUCAAAGACUAAUAGCCUGACAGUGUUUACUAAAAGCCAGUGGUGUUCUGAUUUCCUGCAGAGCUGGAGGUCUGAGCAUGGACAGUAACUGUAACAGCAGGAGCUGCAUCAGAGUUUGGCGGAAAGUUUUAUGAAUAAUUGCAUUUUUAUAGCUAUACUAAACAUAAAAUUUUUAUCAUAAUUCUGGACACUUGGUUUAUAGACACCUCAACGUGACUGUCCAUAAAUGCUUCUUUCACAUUAAAUUAAAAUCCUGAGGCCCACACGUAAUAGUCUGGUACGAAUAAAGCUUUUAGAUUUACAUUUUCUCAUAAUGUUACUGGUAAAUCUAAAAGGUGAGUGCUCAAAAGACACCUGGAAAAAAAUCAAGCUAUACAAUGUCUGCUUUUCUAUAAUAACACUUGAGUUUAUUUUGGUGUCAUCCUUCCUUUAACACUGUGGAGAUGCACCCAGUACCAUCCGAGGACACACCGGGGCAAAGACCCUGAAUUAAGUCAGUUCCAGUUCACCAUCAGCAGCCUGGACUGGCCUCACACCAGCCAGAACAUCAACAAACUCAGAGAUGCAGCAACCUGCUCCCAUUUUGUCCACUGAGGAUCACCAAUGCACGACUUUUUUUUUUUGUUUGUUUGCUCAUGUUUCACGAUGACUGCUCUUUGUCACCACUUAUUCUAUUAUUCAUGCUCGUGGAUGGGUUACUCACAGGCACCAUGGGAUCAAUGAUAGCUACCGGCUGGCAGGUCUGUCCCCUCCACUGGCCACUUUGACAGGUAGAUCAGCAUUUGAAGGGAAGAUCUUAAUGUGUCACUGUGGCCUGUGGACCUGAGAUUGCACUUGAUAAUGUUUGUGCCAAGUUUUAUUUUGUUUACAUUUGUCUGUGUUCACAAAAUGAUCCAGUUUUACUUUAUGUGUGUACUUUUUCUGUGUUCCUCAACACUAGCAUUUAUCAUAAUAGUAAAAAUAACCCUAGAGAGAGGCUAUGCGAAGCCGCAGAGCAUAGAUCACUAUGAGAGCACUGCAUGAGCUCUGCAGAAGCCCCGUACCUGCCAAGGAAUGUGAAACUGUGUGUGUGUGUGUGUGUGUGUGUGUGUUUGUUUGUGUGUGUGUGCGCGUAUGCACAUUACUUAGCAGUGUGCUACACCUCAGACUGCUCGAGUUAAAAAGCACAACUGCAGUAGUUUUAGCAAAUGGGUACUUAAUUGACUUGUCAAGCUUUGUAUGUGAACGUCUGAGGCAAACUAUUGAUUUUCGCUUCUCGCCUCCUGAUGAGUUACUGAUAGGUACAAAAAAAUAAGGUGCAGUUCUUUGCAGCUGAUGAUGCAGUAACUGCCAGAAUCAUAAUAACACGUCAAAGUGUGAUUUAAACGGGUCAUAACGAAAUCUGUUGAUGUAAUAAACUGCCAGAGAAUGUGGUAGUUUUAUUAUAUAAAACCUGCCAUUAAUGAUUUGUACCAUUGUACCAUUUUGAACUGUGAACUACUUUUUAUCAGUCAAAAUGAUCCCCUCAGCUGUUUCAACAAACGUAAAACAGUAAUAAUGUAAUGUUAUUGCAUUGAUCACAUUAAGAGGCAAAACUGACUCUUUCAUCACUUUGACCAGUUAUUACAAUGUCUGGCAUUUCUGGCAUCCGCUGCUACAUGCAAGUAUCACUGAAUUAGCAAUAAAGUUUCUAGCAUAGAUGCUUGUUCAUAGUUAAUACAAGUAAUUUGUAGGUUAUGACGCCUGUUCUCAUUCAUUUUAUCAACAGCUGUUUUUUUUUUCUCUCAUGGCUUAAAAAGAUUAAAAGAGAUUGUUACCAGCCUUUUAUCAAAGCAUGAACAAAAUACAGAAGCCAGCGGCUCCUCAGCACAAGCUCCUCAUGGUUAAUGUCAGAAACGCUUAGCUUCACAGCAGCCUUAUUCCAGUGUAUAAUUUCCACACAAUAGCACUGUGUGAAUAAAUUAGCAGUAUAAACAAAAAGGGAGCGGAGUCCUCUAACUGUAAGACCACCCCACCACCCGACUAACCUCUGACCCCUCUACUGAAAAGUGUGGGAAAACAGAGAGGAUUGAUUUUUCCUCUCAAGAUCAACUAGCAGCACAUUAGUGUUUAAAGUACAUUAUAUGACCAGCUGUCUUAUAAUUUAACAGAAAGUGAAUAAGACCUUCAGUAUUAUUGUGUAUCUUCAAGUUAAAGGAGAAAUUCACCUUGUAUUUCAGACUAUUUGGGCACCUUCCACAUAUUACACUUUCUGUCUCCAUUCUGAUUCUUUCUGGCUGAAAUUACAAACAUGACUUUAGUACAGCUCCUUAAAACUACUCACUGUUCCACUAUGACCAUCUUAAAUAGCAAAACAGUUUAUAGCCCUUAUUGGGAGGAUAACAUUCUAGAGAAUAAAGGAAAUCACACACCACAACAAAAAUCCUACAAUAAAUGGCAAUUAACAGAACAUUUGAAUAUCUGUGGUGGAUUCCUCCUUAAAUACACUGGAAUAAGGCCUUUUUAUAGAAAACAUCUGUGUCCAGCAAUUAGAGAGAAUGCAGCACCAAAGAUGCGCCACUGUCAUGCCGAGGCCACAUAAACUAGAAAAAAAACACGCAACAUCUGAAUGAUGCUGAACUUUCAUCUCCAUUGGAUGAUCAAAGUUAAGUUUGUUUUUAAUUGCUCAGUGUCCUAAAACAUUUGACCUUUCAGUAUGACUCAAAAUACCUCAGAAUACUUCAGUUAGUUCAGGUUAGUUUCAUUGAAGUAUCGGUCAAUAGGAAAAGAGAAAAACUGUCAACUGGUGUUCACAAGGCCACAGUUUUGUUGUUUAGAAAGAAAUACUGACUUUGAGGAGAGCAGGUGGUUUGUAUGGGGUUUGUCAAUGUGAGAUGAGUUCCUUAUAUUUGUAUAGAACUGUUUAACAUUAAAACUCAGUCAUGCAAAGUCA